GCCCUCUUCUGCCUUCGCUACCAUUCCACUCCUCCCCCUCACUUGGUCUCCCUUCCUUUCUGUCUUCUGUUUAGUCAUUUAUUUUUUUGUUUCAGAUCUUCUCCUGUGUCCUGCCCAGUCUUUUUCUACACCUUGCCUUUUUUCGCAUUCACCUUAACUCUUUCCACGCAGACUUUUUGAACUUCUCUUAAAUUCCCUAGAAAGACGUUCUUUCGCCAUGGCUGACAAAAGUCGUACGCAAAUGAGAAGAAAAGAUAAAGAAGAAAAAGAAAAAGGGUCGGCUGAAAAGACCAAGGAUGUGAAGAAAGUGAUGAAUCAAGGAAAGCAAGGAGAAGGGGCAGCGCAUAAUGAAGAAGUCCCGUCUGCUGAGGCCGCAGCCGCCAACGGUGCAGCAGCCAACGGUGCAGCAGCCAACGGUCAGAAUGGAGAUUUUCAGGUUGAGCCAAUGGAACUACCUCCAUUUGAAAUCAUCAAAGGGGACCGGAUUGAUCCUUUUUCCUAUAAGUUCCAGUUCAAGAACGUGGAAUACUCCUCGGGCCGCAACAAGACCUUUCUGUGUUACCUGGUGGAUAACGGGACAGCUGAUGGGCUACUAAGGGGCUGUCUGGAGGACGAGCACACUGGGUUUCACGCUGAGGAGGCCUUCUUCACACAGUGCCUGCCAAACUACGAUCCUGCACUCAAAUACACAGUCACCUGGUAUGUGUCUUCCAGUCCCUGCUCUGCUUGUGCUGGAAAGAUAGCGGAAAUGUUGAAGACCAAGAAUAACGUCAAGCUAAGUAUCUUUGCUGCUCGGCUGUUUGAGUGGGAGGAACCAGAGAUCCAAGCCGGACUCAAGGCCUUGCACGCUGCUGGAUGUAAGCUUAGGGUGAUGAAGCCUCUGGACUUCUCCUACACCUGGGACACAUUUGUGGAGCACGAGGACGAACCCCUGAACCUGUGGGAGGACUGCAAAGAUAACUAUGAGUAUUAUCAUGAGAAGCUGGCUGACAUUCUACAGUGACCCCAGAAUCCAGUUGGGAAUGUGUCCGCAAUCAUCAUCAUCAUUACGAUUACAUCAAGAGAUGAUUCAGGUCGAUACUGUUGUUGAUUGAUAGUGAUACGUAUUCAUAGUACAUCUGAGUCUGUGAGAGCAGAAUAUCUGUGUGUGUAUGAGUCAGGGUGUUGACUUUGCUUUAGUGUGUUCGUGAAGGCUGUAAUCACGCUGUAUUUGCCAUGGUGAAGGACCCUCCCCACAUCUGGCUUCCACAUCUGGGAUUGUCCUGGACUCAGACAUAGGGUCUUUACACUUGUAUGUUGUUUUUUUUUUGCACAUUUUUUGCACACAGUGAUUUUCAUGAGGUGCUAGAGCAUUUCCACCUUGGAUAGGUAAAUGAACAACCCGUUCUCAUUCCCAACUCUUAAAUACUGACGCAAAAAUCAUCCAUUAGCGUCUGAAUGGGACGUAAAGGGCGGAGCAGCAGCUUGUCCACGGCGCUGUAAGAUGACGAAAGACUGGCUACGCUAAAGGAGACUUUUUGCAUCAGUAACUAACGCCAAAGGCACCUGAUCCGGUGUGUUAAUUUAACACGCUUGGAGUGAGAAUGUGUUGAAAAUGAAAAAAGGGAAAUACACAAUAUGUUCAUAUUUAGGAUAUGUCAUUCAUGUAGCAGAUAGCUCCUGUGUACACAAUUCUAGCAUUCCUCCACAUUCAGCAUCUGAGCUUCUGACACCUCUGACUUACCUCAGCAGUUUAGGGUGCACCCACUUUAGAUGGGGGUGUAUCCUGGACUGUUGGAUUUAGCGCUUCUGGCUUCUGUGUGAGAGACAACCCGGGUCUGAUAUACGUUGUGUGGAGAUUAUCACUGUAAGAAACUGAUGGGAUUAAAAUGGCUGUUUUAUAUCUUUAGUCUUCUGGUCA